AAACAUGUCUAUGUGAGCAUAUAUAGAUGCAGGAUCAUGUGAUAAGUUCGUAAAAUCAGCUGUUCAGUAUAUAAUAUAAUCAUUCAUUCAGAAGGAGUGUUGUAUAUACCCUUUCAACACUUUCAGAAAGUGUUAAAAUGUCGUUUGUAUUACACAUACGUGCUUAGAAAAGAAAACAGAUGUAAAUCUGCAAUUAUACUGUAAAUUAAGAAUUGAAAAUUACUAGAAAUAAUUGUAUUUAACUUUAGAAUAGUGGAUUUAUUAGUUCUGAUUAUCAAAUUUUGAAAUUACGAAUAGGAUCAAUCAUUCUUUUUAUAUCAAAUUAUUGAUAAAUUGAAGAAUAUGUGACAAUUUAAUGCAACGACAAUAAUCAUACACAUACGAAUGAAACCGGAUGUGUAUGUAUUUACAAUACACCAUGAAUAUGCAUAAACUAAUUAAUCGUGAAUAUUAAAAAUCAUAAAUAAUGGCGGCAUCGAUACAGGCGAGCAGUAAUAACACCUCUUCGAAAGAACAAAACGACAAAAGAUGUUUAACGCCUAUUUUUCACAUUAAUUCAACAGAAUCAUUGAUUCGUAAUCAGAAAUUUAUAAAGGACUUGGAGUUUGCAAAAGCACGGUUGAGGACUUACGCUGCAUAUACGCCAACUGAUCAAGAAUUACAACAACGUGCAGCAGAUUACCGAAAAUAUUGUCAGAAGUCUAUCCCGAAGUUCAGUACCUCGUAAUAAUGAAUUAACUUCUUAUUAAAAGCGAAGAAUAUUCUUUCAAUAUGAUAACUCGAGCCGAACGAACAAACUUUCAAGUGAAAAGUUUGUUGAUCGUUAGGAUCGAUGGAUCAGACUGAUAAUUCAAACGCUGUCAUUAGAUUGACAAUAAGAAAAUAUAAGAAUCUGUAUUGAUCGAUAAACUUUUUGAAAAUAAAAUUCUUUUAUCUGAAUUGUUACGUAAUUUUAUAGAAUAAAGAAUGUUGCAUACUUACAAUAAAA